GGGAGGGCGGGGACAGGGAGGGACCAAGUGCCGGGACAGAGGCCAGGCCCUGAACGGCGCCCGGCCAGGGCGCGGAGCUUGGAGGCUGGAGCGGCCCCACGUCACCGCUGUGUUUGUUGCUCCUUCCUCCACCCCAGCGCGCAGGACCUGCAGCCACUCGGCAUGUCCCAGCGGCACUCCGACAGCUCCCUGGAGGAGAAGCUCCUAGAAUACCGCUUCCACUCGGAGCUGCGGCUGGACGCCCAGGGAAACCCAGCCUCCACGCUCCCAGUGGUCCGGGGCUCCCUGCGCAGCAAGAGCAACGUGGCCUUCCAGCCCGACUCCCCCGAGGCCCAGGCACCGAGGGCCGUCGUCCUGAGCACGCAGAGCCCGGCAGCCCUCAAGAUGGGCACACAGCAGCUGAUCCCCAGGAGCCUGGCCGUGUCCAGCAAGGCCAAGACCCCCGCCCGCCACCAGAGCUUCGGGGCAGCCAUGCUCAGCAAAGAGGCUGCCCGGCGGGACCCCCGCCUCCUCUCGGCCCCCAGCUUCUCCCUGGAUGACAUGGACGUGGACACGGGUUCUGGGGGGGUGCUGAGACGGAACCUGCGGAACCAAUCCUACCGGGCGGCCAUGAAGGGCUUGGGGACCCCGGGAGCCGGGGGGGGGCCCGUCCAGCUCAGCCCCAAGCUCCAGACUCUGGCCGAGGAGCCCAGCCAGCCUCCCGCUCGGUAUGCGGCCAAAAAUAAGAAAACGCUGGGGCGCAAACGUGCACACAAGGGCUCCUUCAAAGACGAUCCCAGGUUGUACCAGGAGAUCCGGGAGCGAGGCCUGAACACCAGCCAUGAGUCUGACGAUGACUUGCUUGAUGAGACCCCCAGCUCUGAGGGACCCCAGAAGGUGGACACCCCCAUCGUGGUCAAGAGCUACCGGCCCCCCCAGAUCACCUGGAGCCAGCUCCCAGAGGUGGUGGAGUUGGGCAUCCUGGACAAGCUGCCAGCGGAGGAGCGCAAGAGGCAGGAGGCCAUCUUCGAGAUCCUCACGUCCGAGUUCUCCUACCAACACAGCCUCAGCAUCCUGGUGGCCGAGUUUCUGCAGUCCAGGGAGCUGCGGGCGACCAUGACCCAGACGGAGCACCACCACCUCUUCUCCAACAUCACAGACGUCCUGAGCGCCAGCCAGAGGUUCUUCGAGGCCCUGGAGCAGCGGCACAAGGCGCAGGUGUGCGUGGAGGACAUCAGCGACAUCCUGGAGGAGCACGCCGAGCGCCACUUCCACCCCUACGUCAUCUACUGCUCCAACGAGCUCUACCAGCAGCGCGCCCUGCAGAGGCUGACAAGCAGCAACGCCGCCUUCCGAGAGGCCCUGCGGGAGAUCGAGCAGCGGCCCGCGUGCGGCGGCCUCCCCAUGAUCUCCUUCCUGAUCCUCCCCAUGCAGAGGGUGACCCGGCUGCCCCUGCUGGCGGACACGCUCUGCCUCAAGACCCAGGGCCACCCCGAGAGGUACAAGGCCGCCAGCCGCGCCUUCAAGGCCAUCAGCAAGCUGGUGAAGCAGUGCAACGAGGGGGCCCACAAGAUGGAGCGUACAGAGCAGAUGUACACGCUGCACACACAGCUGGAUUUCAGCAAGGUCAAGUCCCUCCCGCUGAUCUCAGCCUCCCGCUGGCUGCUGAAGCGCGGGGAGCUCUUCGUGGUGGAAGAAACCGGGCUUUUCCGAAAACUCGCCAGCCGGCCGACCUGCUACCUGUUCCUGUUCAAUGAUGUCCUCGUGAUCACCAAGAAGAAGAGCGAGGACAGCUUUGUGGUCCAGGACUAUGCCCAGAUGGACCAUAUCCAGGUGCAGAAGAUGGAGCCCUCAGAGGCCUCUCUGCCAGGGGGCGGCAGCCGCAGCUCCUCUGUGCCACACCCCUUCCAGCUGACGCUGCUGCACAACAGCGAGGGCCGCCAGGAAAAGAUCCUGCUGUCCUCUGACUCCGCGAGUGACCGGGCGCGGUGGAUCACAGCACUUACACACCGGGAGAGGCAGGGGCGGGGCCCCAGCAACAAAGGAGACCUGCUCCAGGUGGAGGUCACCAAGGCCUACUUGGCCAAGCAGGUGGACGAGAUCACGCUGCAGCAGGCAGACGUGGUCCUGAUCCUACAGCAGGAGGAUGGUUGGUUCUAUGGUGAGAGGCUGCGGGAUGGAGAGACGGGCUGGUUCCCCGAGGACUUUGCCCGGAGUAUCACCAGCCGCGUGGCCGUGGAGGGCAACGUGCGCAGGAUGGAGCGGCUGCGGGUGGAGACGGACGUGUAGCCGGGUCUGCCAAGCGCCUCGCCAGCCAGGCUGCAUUGGUGCAGCUCUAGUCCACACUCCUGCAAGUGGCCGUGCCCGUCUCCAAGGAGUGCAGGGGGCUUGCCCAGGGGGCCUGGAAGGUCCCUUGUCUCCCCAAGGUUCCAAGGGCUGCGGCACGGGCUCUGGACACUUCCAAGGAGGAAGGUCACAUGGCCUCCAGAGGAGCCUCCCCCAGGCCAGCACAGGAGCAGCCCUGACCCCAGGCUGUGUCCCAGGAGGAGCCCAGCCUGGCUGUGCCCUCCCCAGCUCCCAGCCGCCCCCCAGUGCACCCACAAGACAGCUGUGCCCUGGACGUGUGAUAGAAAGUGGCCCUGAGAGCAGGAAUGACCUCGUGCAGUCCCCCUCCUGCCCCAGCCUGGAGUGCCCAGGACUGCCCCAUGUUCCCAGAGGAGGGCCAGCUGCAGGGAGGUGACCCUGUGGUGCCAGCAAUGAAACUGAUUUUUGAGACAUUAAAGUAUUUCUUAACA